CACCUGCCUGCAUUUACACUUGACCUGUCUGCGACGUGAACACUUCACUCUUUCCCUCCAGAUGGGUUAAGGGCAAGGACACUUCAGGGUUGAAACGCAGGAAUACCAGAUUGGAGCAAACACUUUUAAAAAGCAGAGUUAUAAAAUCUGGACAACAUCAAAACAAGCAGCACCAGCAUGCAUCCCGACGGCUCUUGUUGUUGGUUGGAGAAUGAGCCCAGCAGUCAGGCUUGCAACCCACUUCGAAUCUGGACCAGGGUUCUGACCCAGAUCCUGGUUCACAUCACGCUGGGCCUUGUGGCCAAACACGUGUGUUUUCUCCGUAGCGCCUUGAAGAAAAGCUGGCGGUGCGCAUGAGAUAGGAGUACAUUAAGCUCCUGGCUGCUCGGGGCACUACGGGAAGAUUACUGGGCUGUGAUAUGGGCCAGCACUCAGAUUCCCUGCGGUGGGACACAGAGGGCGGGUUGUUUGUGCUGCUGGCGUGCAGCACCGACAAGCCUGUGGAGAACCUGUUACAAUAAACACGACAGGCAUCCUGGGAGUGAGCUCAGGGCAUUUGGGAAGUGCAGAAGGACACGCACCCCCGCUGGAGGGGUGCACCUUUGAAGUCAGCUGGACCAAGGAAAGGCCUGCCCUGAAGGCUGGUCACUUGCAGAGGUAAACUCCCCUCUUUGACUUCUGGCCAGGGUUUGUGCUGAGCUGGUUGCAGCCGCUCUCAGCCUCGCUCCGGGCAGGUCGGGCAGCCUCGGGCCCGCCUGCCUGCAGGAUCAUGCCCACCACCAUGGACGAUGUCCUGGAGCAUGGAGGGGAGUUUCACUUUUUCCAGAAGCAAAUGUUUUUCCUCUUGGCUCUGCUCUCGGCUGCCUUCACGCCCAUCUACGUGGGCAUCGUCUUCCUGGGCUUCACCCCUGACCACCGUUGCCGGAGCCCCGGAGUGGCCGAGCUGAGUCUGCGCUGCGGCUGGAGUCCUGCAGAGGAACUGAACUACACGGUGCCGGGCCCAGGACCUGGGGGCGAGGCCUCCCCAAGACAGUGUAGGCGCUAUGAGGUGGACUGGAACCAGAGCGCCUUCGGCUGCGUGGACCCCCUGGCCAGCCUGGACACCGACAGGAGCCGCCUGCCACUGGGCCCCUGCCAGGACGGCUGGGUGUACCAGACGCCUGGCUCCUCCAUCGUCACCGAGUUUAACCUGGUAUGUGCCAACUCCUGGAUGUUGGACCUAUUCCAGUCAUCAGUGAAUGUAGGAUUCUUUAUUGGCUCUAUGAGUAUCGGCUACAUAGCAGACAGGUUUGGCCGUAAGCUCUGCCUCCUAACUACAGUCCUCAUAAAUGCUUCAGCUGGAGUUCUCAUGGCCGUUUCCCCAACCUAUACAUGGAUGUUAAUUUUUCGCUUAAUCCAAGGACUGGUCAGCAAAGCAAGCUGGUUAAUAGGCUACAUCCUGAUUACAGAAUUUGUUGGGCGGAGCUAUCGGAGAACAGUGGGGAUUUGUUACCAAAUUGCCUAUACAGUUGGGCUGCUGGUGCUAGCUGGGGUGGCUUAUGCACUUCCUCACUGGAGGUGGUUGCAGUUCACAGUUACUCUGCCCAACUUCUUCUUCUUGCUCUAUUACUGGUGCAUACCUGAGUCUCCCAGGUGGCUGAUCUCCCAGAAUAAGAAUGCUGAAGCCGUGAGAAUCAUUAAGCACAUCGCAAAGAAAAAUGGAAAAUCUCUACCUGCCUCCCUUCAGCGCCUGAGACUUGAAGAGGAAACUGGCAAGAAAUUGAAUCCUUCAUUUCUUGACUUGGUCAGAACUCCUCAGAUAAGGAAACAUACUGUGAUAUUGAUGUACAACUGGUUCACGGGCUCUGUGCUCUACCAGGGCCUCAUCAUGCACAUGGGCCUUGCAGGGGACAAUAUCUACCUGGAUUUCUUCUACUCUGCCCUGGUUGAAUUCCCAGCUGCCUUCAUGAUCAUCAUCACCAUCGACCGCAUCGGCCGCCGUUACCCUUGGGCUGCAUCAAAUAUGGUUGCAGGGGCAGCCUGUCUGGCCUCAGUUUUUAUCCCUGGUGAUCUACAAUGGCUAAAAAUUAUUAUCUCAUGCUUGGGAAGAAUGGGGAUCACAAUGGCCUAUGAGAUGGUCUGCCUGGUCAAUGCUGAGCUGUACCCCACAUUCAUUAGGAAUCUUGGCGUCCACAUCUGUUCCUCGAUGUGUGACAUUGGUGGCAUCAUCACGCCAUUCCUGGUCUACCGGCUCACUGACAUCUGGCUUGAGCUCCCACUGAUGGUUUUUGGCGUGCUUGGCUUGGUUGCUGGAGGUCUGGUGCUGUUGCUUCCAGAAACUAAAGGGAAGGCUUUGCCUGAGACCAUUGAGGAAGCCGAAAAUAUGCAAAGACCAAGAAAAAAUAAAGAAAACAUAAUUUACCUCCAAGUUCAGAAACUAGACAUUCCAUUGAACUAGGAAGAGAGACCGUUGCUGCUGUCAGGACCUAGCUUUGAUGGCAGCAAGACCAAAAGCAGAAAUCCCUGCACUCAUCACAAAGCCCAUACAACUCAACCAAACUUACCCCUGAGCCCUAUCAACCUAGGUCUACAGCCAGUGGAGUCUAUUGUACACUGUAGAAAAAUACCUAUGGGACCAGAUCCUGCCAAGUUCUUCCAGUUCACUUUAUUCUCAGCAUUCCUAGGACAUUGGACAUUGGUUUUCUGGAGGGUUUUUUUUUUCCAUUUUUGUAUUUUUUUUAAUUUGAUUAUUUUCUCUACAAUGCCAUCUAACCAGAAUACAUAGGGGAACUGUGGACCAGGGAAACAAAAUAGAAAAAAGUAUGAAAAACAGUAAAGUUGGGAGAGGAGCAUCUAUUUUCUUAAAGAAAUAAAGCACCCAAAACAAUAUAAAGUUGUCCAGAAUGUAUGUCAAGAACUUUAGAUAGGCCUUUCAGUAACAUAGGUGAAGACCUUUUUUUUUUAUUAUUAUUAUACUUUAGGUUUUAGGGUACAUGUGCACAAUGUGCAGGUUUGUUACAUAUGUAUCCAUGUGCCGGUUUGUUACAUAUGUAUCCAUGUGCCAUGUUGUUUUGCUGCACCCAUUAACUCGUCAUUUAGCAUUAUGGCAUUUUUAAAAAUACAUUGAUUAUUAUCUAGGUUAGAAUUAAAGUGAAUCUCAAAUAAAAGAAUCAGGAAUACAACUUAAGUAAUCAUGAGGUCCUUCCAUAUUUAGACUGGGUAAGCAUGAAUAUGUAUUUUCUUCAAAAGACCUUGAGAAGAGUUCAAUAAAAAAUAUUAG